GCGCCAGAAAGUCGCGCGGACCCGUUCCGAAAAGCCGACGAGAGAAUUUUGUUGCAUUUUUAAUAAAAAAUUAUUUCUUAUUCUAACUUUUUCCUCUUUUUUUUUUUUAACGUGUUUCCUAUUUGGACACUGAAGUUUACGUAAACUCUUUUUUAAUUUUUUUUUUAAUAAAUAAACCCUCUAUGUGAAGGAGACCUUUUGGGAAUGCCGUGACGUCAGUUGUUGAUGCCACGCGGAAACAACAAGUGGUGCCGACAAAUUUGUGCUAAUAUGGACCGAAUGCUGCCAACAUCAGUGCGCCAUCAUCUCGUGUUUGUUUACCAAAAGAAUUUAAGCUUUUAAAGUAAAAAUGUCAUCGGAACCCAAAAGAACCUUAAUAUGGCAAGAAAGGCCUUAAAUUCAACAACGAACCGAGAACCAUAAGUAGACAACCAUGGAUAAAAUACCGUUAGCGGACGUCCUUAAUGUUACUAACGCCCAAAAGUUGGACAUAAUAGACAAGAAGGGGGUGCAAGUGUUAUUUUUCAUAGUGUACACUACCAUUUUCAUCGUGGGAUUAUUCGGGAACGUUUUAGUGUGUUUCGUAGUGUUUAGGAACAAGGCGAUGCAAACAGUGACUAAUUUAUUUAUCACGAAUUUGGCCUUGAGUGAUAUACUGUUGUGCGUUCUAGCUGUACCGUUUACCCCUUUGUAUACUUUAUUGGGAAAGUGGAUUUUCGGCGGGGUUAUUUGCCAUUUGGUGCCCUACGCCCAAGGAGCCAGCGUUUACAUUUCAACGCUUACUUUAAUGUCAAUUGCUAUCGAUAGAUACUUUGUGAUAAUUUACCCUUUCCAUCCCCGCAUGAAACUCUCCACCUGUGUAAUAAUUAUCGUCAUAAUCUGGAUCUUCGCCAUCGUGGUCACCAGCCCAUACGGGAUCUACAUGAAACACAUGAAAGACCCGAACAACAGCAGCCGAUACUUCUGCGAGGAAAACUGGCCGGUGGAGACUUGGAGGGCGGUUUUUGGCGGCAUUACUACCGCCCUUCAGUUUUUAAUUCCCUUCUUGAUUAUGGCCUACUGCUACAUUUGUGUGUCGAUUAAACUGAAUGAUCGAGCCAGGUCAAAACCAGGAUCAAAAAACAGCCGAAAAGAGGAAGUCGAUAGGGAGAGAAAACGAAGAACUAACCGUAUGCUUAUCGCUAUGGUGGCGGUGUUCCUUAUGUCCUGGCUGCCCUUAAAUGUGGUCAAUAUUUUCAACGAUUUCAAUAAGGAUAUGAUUAAAUGGGAAUAUUAUUUUUUAAGUUUCUUUUUGGUGCAUCAAAUGGCUAUGUCUUCCACAUGUUACAACCCGUUUUUGUACGCGUGGCUUAACGAAAACUUCCGUAAGGAAUUCAAGCAGGUUUUACCGUGUUUUGGAGCUUCCAGUGGUCGAGUACCUUCCACGGGGAGAUUUACGAACUGGCGUUCCGAACGAACAUGUAAUGGAAAUGAAACGCACGUAAAUAACGAAACUCAACAAGAAACCUUGCUACCCUCAGGGAUUCAUAGGGGUUCGUCUUUCAAGGAAAGAAAACUCACUUCGCCACCCCUAAAAGGCGAUAAUGUGGAAACGGAGAAUAUUAUGGUGGCUAAUCCAAGGGUAGAAUACGAUUCUGCUUUGGAUAUUGUACGUUUAAACCUGAUUACAGAAGAGGAACCUCCGCCAUAUGACGAGGCCCAAAAAGCGUCUCCUAGCUCAGAAUAGAAUUUGUGCAUCUAGUUAUAAUAGAAGGCUCUAAGGUUGCAGGUGAAUAUUGAAAUGAAUUAUUAUUAAUUAUUACAAAUGUAACUGUCGUAAUUUUAGUUGUAACCAAAGAAAUUAAUAUUAUGAUGUUGUAUGUAUAUAUCGAAAUAUAAUAUAAUGAAUAUUUAUAGAUAA